AUGAGAAACCCUCCUCCGUCUUUGCUCUCCCUCACCGUCAACGUCGCCGUGUUAAACCUAUCUCGCAUCAACGAUCUAUCGCAUCUUCCUGAUCACAUCGUUCUCGAUCUCUUCUCGAGGACACUGAAAGCUGGGAAAUUGAACGAGAGAGUCUUGAGACUCUUUAUGGCAUCUGGAAACGAAGAAGUUCUUUCGAUCAUCGACGCUCUGAAAAUCAAAAUCGAUAUUACUCCCAUUCUUCCUACUCGAUGUCAUGAGAAAUUUAGAAUGAACGGGACAAGACGCUAG